AUGUAUCAUCCAGCAAUCUGGCAUCCUAUGCAACCACUCGACAUGGCUGCAGCAUUUCGUUCCAUACGACAAGCCACCUCGUCACCUAAUUCGACAAUAACUAGUCCCGAAAAAACAUCCUUAUCAGCUGCAAUGGCUGCUUUCAAUGCAGCCAACGGAGCAUUCUCCGUCAAUACCCUACUGAAUCAAACGUCACCUGAUCAUUUACGUUUCCCUUCGACGCAUCCAUCUUUAACGGCUGCAGCUGCGGCGCAUCAGCAUCAUCUAUUUUCAACUUUAUUCCAUCAUUAUCCUUAUGCGGCUGCAUUUCGUCCUCUAUUUAAUGGUGCAACACCAGGAUUAUUGACAUCAUCAACGAACUCCAAUUCAUCGUUAUCGUCGUCGUCGUCGUCAACCGAAUCAUCAGCAUUCGUUCCAACUAAUAAACGAUUCAAAACAAGUACACAAGACGAAAACCAUUCGGACAUAUCUCCAUCGGAAAAGAGUAGUGAUGAAAGUUUUGGCAAGUAUUCAGAGAAUCGAUGUCGAUCAUCAACAUAUGAUCUGCAAAAUCCACAAUGUCCGAUCUGUCAAGUAUCUUUAAAUGGACAAGAUUUAAGUACGCACAUUCAACACGAACUUGACCAUAUUGAGCGCAAUAGACAACAAGCGAAAUAUUCAACACGUCGUUCAACACAUCUUACAAACAAUUCAAGUAAAAUUCUACAGGAAAGUACAAUUAAUAAUAGCGAUCAAACAUUUAAGACACGUUAUGAAACGUUCAUACGCGUAAGAACAAGUCGACAACAACGUCUAAAUGCGAAAUUACAGUUGCAUAAUCGUCGUAUUCAUCGUCCAGAUACGCGUAAUUGUCCAAUAUGCUACCAAAUAAUUCCAACGAAUACAGAUGAAGAAUAUUUCUACACUCAUGUUCAGCAAUGUUCAAGAAAAAGAGAACAAUUAGCUGCAAAUGCUGCUCUUGCUGCAUUGGCCAAUCAACAUCGUUUCCCACCUCCACUACCCCCACCUUUGCUAUUAUCAACAAAUGAAUCAACACAAGAAGAUCCAGAUGUAAAUGUUGUGGAUAUGGAUGACGGUGUUGAACGAGAAGAUAAACAUAGCAACCGACAGAGUACCAAUGAAACAACAAGUACUGCCGAUCAUAGUGAUGAUCGAUGUCAAGAAUCGUUUAACAGUGAUCAAAGAUUUUCUCCUUCGACACAAAAAAGUGAUAUUUUAUAUUCAUCAAAUGUAACCGAACUCGAUCCUCCCAAGUGCGUCGUUUGUAUGUAG